CGAACAUCAACCAUCUCCAUAUCAUCAGCCUUAGAUGGGAAUCAUUGGCCUGCCAAGAUACAAUUUCCAUAAUGCCCGCUUUGAACCGUUUCCCAUAUCAAUCAUAGCGUGGUAUAAUGACACCAUAAACGCAGCUUAGCGGCUGAGUCUACCUUAUCACCAUCCCCAUUCUCACCUUGGCGCAUCGGCUACGCGGCUCAGACGCCCAUUUUCGAUAGUCCCUCAGCCGCCCAAGUCCACUCUCGACCAACGCUUAGCCAGUUCCUGAAAUCGAUAGCCUCCUUCAGGUGUCCGAACUGCAAGAGUUUCCAGAAAGAGCCUUCUUCUGCUGUCCAAUGGAGGAGAUUACUUUGCACGAUGUGGCCGAUUUCGCCGUACCCCAUCGACAAACCCCGGGGUCUAAGUGUAAAUGGUUCUCUUCUAGCGACAAGACUCCUUACUAUGUCCUAGAUAGGUAACCACCGGUUCAAAUGGCUGGGAACCAACAGCUGAGAUGGCUCUGGCCGUCAUGAGAUGUGUCUAGGCAGAAAUUUCCGAGUGGUAGUUCCCUCCAUAAUAGAUGGCUUUCCCUCUCCUCCCCGAUAUUUCUCUGUCUUUCCCAUCAACUCCGUUGACAGUAAAUUCAAGACGGCUCGGUCCCAGGCCUUAUUGCAAACUUUGGUUUGCGUCCUUUCUUUGAUAAUCGUAUCAUAACACAGUCUUUAACGGCCUAGGCCACAUUACAGUCUUUUACAGCCUUCGGUCUUUUACAGUCUUUUACAGUCUUUCAGUCACUCAUCUCGUGAUAAUGUCUUCUAUCUCUUUUCCGGGUGGCUCUGGUCUCUCCCUGGGACUCAAUGGAUACUGGGGUCAACUUGGAUCCGAUUCACUCAAGUCCUACUGUGAUUCCGCCCCCGAGUACGUUACUCUGUCUUUCGUGAACCAGGCACCCGAAAAUACAGAGUCUGGCUAUCCUGGUACCAACUUUGCCGGACACUGUGCGGCUGGUGUCUACAGUAACAAAGAAGGAGUUGCCUCAUCACUUCUCAGUGAAUGCUACACUAUCAAAGAGGGCAUUCCAUACUGCCAGGAGCGUGGAGUUAAGGUUCUUCUGAGCAUUGGUGGAGUCUACAACGAAGCUGGAAGCAACUACAAGGUGACCACUGAUGACAAGGGCGUUGAUUUCGCCGACUUCCUGUACAAGGCAUUCGGUCCUUACGAUCAAACCUGGGAUGGUCCUCGUCCUUUCGACAGUGACGAUGGCACAGCCCGUCCUGCUGUUGAUGGUUUCGACUUUGAUAUCGAGCAUGACCUCCCCAACGGCCCCUAUAUCGCCAUGAUCAACGAGCUUCGCCGAUUAAACAGCGAUGUCAUCAUUACCGGCGCGCCCCAGUGCCCUACCAGCAACCAAUACUUCUACAUGAAAGACAUGAUCAACCAGGCCAAGUUCGACGCCCUCUUCAUUCAGUUCUACAACAACCCUGGCUGUGAUGCUAUCCCCGACCCCUCCGUUUCAUGGGAUAGAUUCAAUUACGAUGACUGGGAGGACAUUGUCGAAGACAGUGCAUGCAGUCAGAACGCCAAGCUCUAUGUUGGUCUGCCUGCUAGCGCUGCUGCUGCUCCAGGCGGAGGUUAUCUCGAGCCGGAAGCCAUGAAGGAUCUCGUCUGUGCUCUCAAGGACAAGACUCACUUCGCUGGUAUCUCUCUCUGGGACUUGACUCGUGGCGCUGGCAACGAGAUCGACGGAAAGAACUAUAAUGAGCAUGUCAUGGAUGCCCUGAAGUAUGGUUGUGACCCUGUUCCUGUUACAACCACCACUGCCUUGGCCACUACCUCUGAGGCUACUUCCACCGCCGAAUCUACAACAGCAGGCACAACUACUGCCGAUGUCUCUACCACUACUGGUGUAGCAAUCACAUCUGAUGCUUCUUCAUCUGAUGUUUCCUCCACUGAUGUUUCUUCAACUGGCACUUCUUCUACGGAAACUGCUACAACCAGUGGGUUGACGACUGUAGAUACUACUGUAGCCUCUGGUGUUUCUUCCACUGAGGAUCCUACAGUCAGCUCUAAUACCUCCGCAGCUACUGGUGGCAUAUCAACACUGGUUACCUCUGCUACAUCUGAUGCUUCUUCAGCAACCGAGACAACCGAUAGCUCUGCCACAAAUGUUUCUGGUUCUGUGACUGACACUACCGCUUCUGAAACAUCUGCCACUGCUACUGAUUCUUCAGCUGACGCCGCUGAGACCUCUGCAACUGGUAGUGUCUUGAGUACUGGUACUGCGUCUACCACAGUCGAUACCACAGCUACUAGUGAUUCGUCUGCCAUCACUGAGGAUGCCGCCACCGCGACCACUGAUUCCACUCUCGAGAGUAACACAAUCACCGGAACUGUCAAGACUACAGAUUCUGCUCAGGAAACUGAGUCUGCCACUGCUGAGACUACUUUUAGCACCUUCAAGGGCUGGAACACCACCUAUGGUGCUCCCUCUUUUACUCAGAAGUAUAGCAACCCUACGACCCUUAUCCCCUCUGGCACUGCAACUAUUACCAAGGGAUCGCCUGUUUACACCAAGUACCCUGACGACACUUAUGCUGUCAGCAUGACCACCAGCACUGUCUGCACAACCCGAGUCCACACUGCGGUGGAUGGUUACGUGGUCACCGAGACCAUCCCUCUGUAUACCACUGUCUGCCCCGUUACUGGUAAGGCCAAGCCCACUAACUACGCUGUGCCGUCUCAGUACGAGACCAAGACUGUCUACACCACAAGUGUCCACACCGUCACCAGUUGUCCUCCUGAAGUUGUGGACUGCCCCUAUGGAUCUGUUACCACUGAGACCAUCCCUGUCUACACCACUAUCUGCCCUGUGACAGAGGUUAGCAAGCCUACUCCCACUGAUGUCCCUUACAACCAUGAGAUCAAGACUCUCUACACAAGCCAGGUCAACACCAUCAGCCACUGUGCUCCCGGUACUCCCGACUGUGUCGUCGGCGCCAUCACCACGGAGAUCGCUUCGUGGACCACAGCUACUGUGCCUGCGCAGCAAACUCAGCCCAUCAAGAUCUACAAGCCUGUGCCUGAGAUGCCCAAGAUGGCCACUAAGGAGGCUCAUUUUUAUUACAACGGCACGGUCUACACCAGCGUUGCUGUCCCUCCUGUUACGCUCAAGACAGCUGCUAAGCCCGGAGUUUUCGAGCAGGCUAAGCCCACGCAUCAGCAGUCCUCCGGUGUUGCCGCACCUACCGCUGGCUACACAUCAGUACCGGCGUCGGCCCCAUCCUAUGCUCCGGCUCCGAUCACUCCCGCUACUGCCGGAGCCUCUUCUCUCGCAGUGGGUUUGACCUUAAUGGCCGGGAUGGUGCUCUUCCAGGCGUUUGCGCUGUAGCGAGAGAUACACUCCUUACUUAGACCUUCUUUGAUCGCUCCCCUUUCUUCUCUUGUCCCCAAGGUCAAGAUUCUUUUGAUUGUACCUUCUUAAUGUAGAGGUCAGUGGCCUUUACAAUUUCAUGCCAUCCUAUUUUAUGUUAAUGUGUAUAGAACAAAUACAUAUAAAUGUUACGGUUAGAACUCAAUGAUAUUGGAUACAUGGAGUCCAACUAUGUAGAUUAUCUCAUGACCUGAAACGCCAUAAAUGGUUCAUGCUCUGUACCUAACGAACUGUUCCUAAGUAUAAUAUUGCAACGUUGUUUGCUGAUCAAUCGAAUUCUGCUCUGCAGUAUAGCCUAUAUGCGCUUUGGUGACACUUGUUAUCUGAUGGGCGCUUCAGUGUCAAAAUAGGGAUAUUUUUUAAUGCAGAAUGAUACGUCAGCGGCUGCCGCUAUAUCUCAAUCUGUGCUGGAUCGUUGGGUGUGCCUCAUGGCUACAUCAAACACGUUCAAGGCAGGGUAAAUAUAAACAACAAGG